AUGGGUUUGCGCGUCGAGCUGGCGCCUCGCUCAUUCGAUGACCUGGAGCGAGCUGAGGCUAAGAGGUUGCUCUUGACCCUUACCCCAACGUCUGGAAAGAAAAUGCAGCUGGUGCUACACCAGGAUGCUUCCGUGGGCAUUGCUGGAGUCAUGUAUGACUGCGCCGCCUUGCUUGCACGACGGCUUUGCGAGGAGCCAAGCCUCUUAGGCUCCAAGGUCGUGGAGCUGGGCUGUGGUACAGGCUGCGCAGGCCUAGCAGCUGCGGCGCUGGGAGCCAAGGUGGUGCUGACAGAUCGAAGCGAGCGCGCCUUGCAAAUUGCACAGCGGUCUGCAAAGGACACAGGCCUGGAAAUUGUCACUCGUCGUUGGGAGUGGCAUGAGCCACUGCCGAAGGAGUGCUGUGAAGCUUCCACUGUGCUGGCCACGGACGUAGUGUACAGCGAGGACACCUCGGCAUUGCUAUCUGCAUUGAAAGCGGUCGCAGCACCUGGCACAGUAGUGCUGCUGGUGGUUAGAGUCAGAAGCUUAGCAGCUUUGGCAGGACUGCGGUCCCUUCUCCAGGGAGCCAGCCACUUCUUCAAGGAAUGCGCCCCUGCGCAGCUGGAGCCGGCAGCGCGCGCGUGCUUACAGAGGUCCGGAAAGGAGCUGGCCUUGUCUGACACGCACGACAAGACAACAUACUUCUACCGAUUUGUGAGAUGA